AUGGAACACGACGCUACCAAUUCCAUGGAGCUUGUCGCCGAAUUCCAAUCAUGUCAGUAUGUUGCUCUGGCAGCCAUCACAUUAUGGGCAUACGACGUUCUUCUUACUGCGGCCGACGAAGUGGAGGUACUGUGGUCUAGACAAGGGCGAUUUAUCGAUUUUUUGUACCUCACUGGGAGGUACUUACCUAUUGUCGGCCUAUUUCAUACUUGGAAUAGUGAACUCGACGACAGGGGGCGAGUUCUAGCGAGAGGACGCGCACAUUGGUUGACAUAUCUCAGUUGCAGGAUUGUGUGGACGAUCAGUAAUGGAUGUAUGGUCAUCCAGACCAUAAUUUCGCAAACCAUCUUCACCAUGCGUCUCUGCGUCAUUUAUUGCACGGCAAGGCACAUACGGCGUCUCCUCUUCAUUUGUCUUGUAGUCUUCAAUACGGCUCAGCUCAACAUCUUCAUCGUCGCUCAGUAUAAAAUGAAUACCAAUAUUCUCUGGGAUGCUGUCCUAAACACUUGUGUCGCACCGGAAUACAACGCAUGGCCUAUGGCAACAAUAUACUUCCCUCCGCUUAUUUUGGAAUUCGUCAUCUUUGUCGCGACCAUUGCGCACGCAUUUGGCAUCGGGAGCCAACUCAGCGUCCUAGGAAGAACAUCAACCCGGCGGGCUUUACGAACGCUUUAUAUCGACGGGACGCUCUUCUUCUUCGGGGUCAUAUUUCUCCGCAUCGGAAGCAUCAUCGUAUUCUACGUCGCACCGUUUGGGUACCAAGUCCUCUUCACAUACCUCGACUAUCUUCUCUCUAGCACCCUGACCUCUCGCUUCUUCCUCCAUUUCCGCCGCAAGGUGGCAGAGGCACAUCCAAUGCAGCCCCAAACAGUCAUGCAAGCCCACGAUUCUGGAACCAGCACAAACGUAGACUUCCGAAUGCAACCAAUCAAUGGCAUACAGAAUGGACCUCCAUCGUUGACGACUGACGUCUCUAGACAUUCUCAUCAUGUCUCGGACGACGUUUUAUCGUUCUGGAUAGAAACGGAUCAACUCAGUAUUGCGAGUGUUCGAGACAAGAAACAGGACGUCGAAGCAGGGUGA